AGCUUAGUUAAGGAUCUUUACCAAAUCUUGAAGAAGUUUAGCAAGCAGCAAGCAAUAAUAUCUUCACAUCCCCCAUAGCGCAUAUAUAUAUAUAUAUAAAUAUCUUCACAUCAUAGGUAUUGUCCAUGUCACUCGUAGUCUCCCCUGCCAGCCCCUGUCCGAUACUGUGUGUUGGUCUGGCAUGCCUGGAUAUCGUCAACUAUUGUGACUACUACCCGCAGGAGGACAGUGAUGUAAGAGCUCGAGACCAGAAGUGGUGCUCCGGGGGAAAUGCCCUAAAUACGUGUAAGGUCCUCUCUCUGAUUGGACGCCACUGUGAGCUGGUGACCACGCUAGGAGAAGGGAUGGAGACUGAUUUUAUAGUCUCUGAGAUGGACAGAUAUGGCGUCCCCCACAGCUGCUGUGUUCCCUAUCCUCAGUGCCGACUGCCCACCUCCUACAUUGUGCUCAACACAACUAAUGGAUCCAGAACCAUAGUCCACUAUCGAAACCUUCCCGAGUUGACUUGUGAGGACUUUCUGAAGGUGGACAUUUCACCAUUUUCUUGGAUUCAUUUUGAGGGAAGAUGCCCAGAUGUAUACUCAAAGCUGGUUUCUAGAGUACAAGAACAUAAUCAGACAGCUGAGAACAAAAUCAUCAUCUCAAUCGAAGUCGAGAAAACAAAGAUUCAAUUUUCUGUUCUAAUUCCACUGGCAGACGUUCUUAUCGUUGGUAAAGAUGUCGCCCAGUACCUUGGAUACCAGACCAUGGAAGAGGCAGUUGUCAAGUUAAGGGAAACGGCCAAACACAGUGCUAUAGUUGUUUGCCCUUGGGGCGAUAAAGGAGCGGCUGCCUCUGAUAAAGACGGAAAGGUGUACCAAUGCCCUGCCACACCACCUGCGAGACUAGUGGAUACACUGGGUGCAGGUGACACGUUCAACGCUGGUCUCAUCCACAGUCUGUCUCUGGAGAAAGGUGUGGAGAAAUCUCUACAGUUCGCCUGCGAUUUAGCCGGAGCUAAGUGCGGUAUGGCUGGGUUUGAUGGACUGAAAUCGUUUUGUUAAUUUUGGCCCCAGGGUAUUAUUCGUAUCAUUUUGUGCCUCCAAUUUUUCAUUAAGCUUUCCUUAAUUCAAUACUGUAUUCUUACGAUAAGUGUGUCUGUUCAUUCAAGCAUCUUAAAAAAAUCGUUUAAUAAUUAUG